UGUGGUUUCACUUAGUUCAGCUCCUACUAGAAAACACGGGCUACAAUGCGUCACCUCCUCCUGCUAGGACUCCUCGCAGUCAACCUCUUCCUGUUCGCCGAGUCCUUCAUCCUUCCUCCUGGCUACGCUCCUCCGGUCUUCCCUGCGCUUCCUCUGCUGCACCUGCCGCUGCUGGGCGUCGUGGAUGAAGCCGGGUUGAUGCCUCUGCUGAUCUCUACGUUGACGGCGAUUCACGCCGGCACCAUCAUAGCGCUCUUCGUCACCGGAGGCUACCGCAGGAGAAGGUCGACCUCGGAGGACUCCGCGGAUCCCGUGUACCUCAUCAUGUCCGCCGUCAGCCGUCUGGACACUCACGGCUGCAUCCUCAAGUUACUGUGCCAGCUGAAGGCCAACUCCCCCGACGACCUUUCAACAGAAGAGGGGAUCAUCGUGGAACUCUUCGCCGAUCACCACGAUCUCUUCGCCAAGAACGGGGCCGGCGAGUCCUCUGCCCUCGGCGAGGGCCAGGAUGUGUGUGCGGCUCCUGGUGAUCGCUGUCCGGUUGAAGGAGAAAUUCUGAGGAAUCUGUCGCGGAUGGUCUGGGGAAGCAGCUUCUGAACCAAGACCGUCGACAGACGAUCAAAUUAUGCUGGUUCUGAUAUAUCUAAGGUGCGAGGAUGUUCUUGGGAAUUAUUUCCUGUCCAGUGAUGUAUAUUUAUUAUUUAUGCAUACACCGUGUCCCCCACUAUAAGAAUGGUUUUCUAGACAGACAAGACGACCCCGCUCAUUUCCUCCUCAUCAAACCUCUCCUUCAGACGUUCAACCCAACACCUAAAGAGCCACAGAUAGACUGUUUACACGCCCGAUUAUGAUGAAGCCAAAAUGGGACAUGAAAUCAAAAGUUAUUUAUAUAGAUAUUGUACUUUUUUCAUUCCAUUCAUUCUGUACAUAUUUCCCCCUGUCAUGGAUCUCACUCAAACACACACGGAGUUUAAAUUAUUUAGUUAAAACUUGAACUUCCUCUACACUAAACACCAAUAAAUUAUUUUUGUUAAUGCUGAAAUUGCAAUGUUUGUUAGAUGUUGAUUUAUAUUUAUCUAUACUAUUUGUUAUUUGUUUGUUG